UUUGCGGAUGGAUUUGCGCGCAUGACAUCUCGAGGCCUAUGCACACGCCGUGCGGCCUAGCAGUACUGCCAGACGGGAGCGGAGAGCGGGAGAAAGCUGAGGAGAGCGGAGCUGUAGCGGCUGCACAGCGGACAGCGCCUCGGUCUUCAAAAUGACGCAGUUUUUGCCCCCGAACUUGCUUGCGCUGUUUGCUCCCAGAGACCCAGUUCCAUAUUUGCCACCGUUGGAGAAACUACCUCAUGAAAAGCACCACAACCAGCCAUACUGUGGCAUAGCUCCUUAUAUUAGAGAAUUUGAGGACCCCAGAGAUGCCCCACCACCAACAAGAGCAGAGACUCGCGAUGAGCGGAUGGAAAGAAAGAGGAGAGAGAAGAUUGAAAGAAGACAACAGGAUGUGGAAAAUGAGCUGAAAGUCUGGGAUCCUCACAAUGAUCCGAACGCGCAAGGAGAUGCCUUCAAAACACUGUUUGUCGCCAGAGUGAAUUAUGACACCACAGAAUCAAAACUGCGAAGAGAGUUUGAAGUAUAUGGACCCAUCAAACGGAUUCACAUGGUUUACAACAAACGAUCAGGAAAGCCCCGUGGAUAUGCCUUUAUAGAGUAUGAGCAUGAACGAGACAUGCACUCGGCGUACAAACAUGCAGAUGGGAAGAAAAUUGAUGGAAGGCGUGUUUUGGUUGAUGUUGAGAGAGGACGUACUGUGAAAGGCUGGCGCCCACGCAGGCUUGGUGGUGGUCUUGGCGGUACCAGACGUGGGGGAGCAGAUGUCAACAUACGGCACUCGGGCAGAGAUGAUACAUCUAGAUAUGAUGAGAGGGAUCGUGACCGAGAAAGGGAAAGAGACCGUCGAGACAGAAGCAGAGACCACGAUAAAGAUCGUGAGAGACGUAGAAGUCGUUCCAGGGAACGUCGGAGGAGGACCCGCAGCCGUGAAAAGGAUGAAAGGAAACGUAGCAGAGAAAAGAGUAGGGACAAGGAUAAGGAUAAAGACAAGGACAAAGAUAAGGAUAAGGACAAGGAGAGAGACCGCAAGCGUAGGAGUCGUAGUAGGGAUCGGAAACGAGAUAGAGACCGUGACAGGGAAAAGAAAGAAGAACGUGUUGAAGGGGAGUCUCAAGAAGCUGCAGAGGUUACUGCUGAAGAUUUACAAACAGAUGAUACAGGCUUGGAUGGUAUUGAGCUGAAGCCUGAGCAAGAAGAGAAGAUUAGGGAUCGUGACAGGGACAGAGAAAAGGACAGGGAUAGAGACCGUGAUCGAGACAACAGGAGACGCAGUCAUAGAGACAGAGAUAGAGAGAGAGAUAAGGACCGGGAUAGAGAUAGAGAUCGCAGAAGGGACAGAGAUAGAGACCGCGACAGGGAACACAAACGGGAUAGAGACCGUGGUGACCGCAGCGAGAAGAGGGAGGAGCGAGUUCCAGAUAACGGUAUGAUUCCGGAGCCAGUUGAGGAGACCAGCCAAGAUAUGUAUUUAGACCAAGAAUCCAUGCAAUCUGGAGACGGCUAUUUAUCCACGGAGAACGGCUAUGUGAUGGAGCCUCCUAUGGAGUGACCUUGUUUAAUCUGAAGAACUCUCCAUCCUCAAAUGAACUUCUCUUCCAUAGCCAGAUUUCUUAGUGUACAUUCAAGAUCCACAGCCACUGUUCUCACUUGUGAAUACAGCUUGGAUUCCCUCAACCACAAUUUAAAUGUGCAGUUACUAAACUAAGUAAUGCUGUUCACCAUGAGUUUCAGACAAACGCCAUUGGAAUAUUUUUUUUGUCUCGUAGGUGGGUAUGUCUUACAUGUUUAUGUAACAAGAUCAUCCCUGAACUUGUGUAAAGUUGCAUUUAUUUUAUUUGCUUUUUUAUGGCCCCUCGAAAAUAAAAUCAUUUUAAUGUUA